ACGGCAACUUUCUGUGUGGUUACUGAUUCUGAAGUGUUUUGUUUAAUAUGUAUUAUCGCUGCUCUUCUCAGCAUUGAAUGAAUGGGCUUUUUUCUGCGCAUGCGUGCACGAUGCCAAAGUUUAUAAACAAGAGGAGUCACAUGACGCAAGUAUUGUGAAAUAGAUAAGACUGAACAUGUUCUUAUCAUGUUUACACGAAUAAUUCAACUUUAUGUAUGCAAUUAUAUCCACACAGCUCCAUUAAAAGACUUUAAUAUAAACUAGUACGUCCUGUCACAGCAGUGUUAACCCUGUAUCACCCUGUGUCUCCUUACAGUAUGUCCCCCUACAUCCAUUUAUAGCCUUUACAUUACAGCUCAGUGAAGGAUUACCUUUCUGUGAAUAGUUCCAGAUGCUUAGUUUAAAAUGACUUGCUGGACUCAUGGUGAAAAAGUGAGUACUCUCAUGUUUCAGUGACUGUGGACGUGAUGGUCUGGGAGGUGGUGACCCCCAAACAUCCGAGUGUGGAGGUGGACUCAGAGCCUCAGGGUGAACACACAGAGGUGAUGAUGGAUGCAGACGGAGACCAAUCACAUGAACUGCUCUGCUGCGAGGAGAGCCUCUCCUCCUCGCCACGAUUCCCCACCAGCGACAGCUACAUGGAAUACGACGACCUCCCUGACCUGCGGGAGGUGCAGGAGGAGGCGGAGCAAACAGCCCCACCUGUCUACCAGGUGGUCGUGGGCGUGUCUCACCUGGAUCAAAGUGCACACGGCCAGCUGCCGGACACUCACUGGCUGACACAGCUGGCUCACAUCGCCACUGGACCCCAGAGCCCGCUGCUACAGACGUCUCUUCACAGCAGAUCCUCGUCAGUCUACCUCUCCAGCACUAAUCUACAUUCCUACGCCCGACCUCCCCCCUCUCCUCCCAGCAGCACAUCGCCGCCCCCCAGAGGUGACGGCAGGGAGCGUCGACGCAGAAGGAAGAGCAGUGAAUGUGGUUCUGCAGUGUCAACCAAAUCCUCCCUGUCAGACGAAGAAGACAUGGGCUGGAGCUUCUCCUGGCCCCCCACAGCCUGGCACUGCUUCCUCAAAGGCACUCAGCUGCGUUUCCACAGCGGCUCUAAUGUGGAGUGGCAGGACGUCGAGGACAUGGACUCUGCCGAGGUAGAGGACUCUGGUGAUGAGGAGCAGUCCAGAUCUCUGAAGAGUUAUGGUUCUGAAGGUCUCCAGCUGGUGGAGAACUCAGAGAUGGUGGUGUCAGGUCAGGCCGUCCUGCAGCUGACCUUUGACCCCGGUGCAUUCGGACAGGCCCCUGUGACCACCCGCUGCCAGCUCGACCACCCGUUCUACGUCAAAAACAAAGGGUGGUCGUCAUUUUACCCAAGCUUGACCGUGGUGCGUCAUGGGAUACCGUGCUAUGAAAUGGAAAUAGGAGGCGUGUGCCUUCCUCCAGGACACAGAGAUGCCAAACAAAUCGACAACUCGCUGGUCUUUGACACAUUUAAGAGUUAUGAUUUCACUCCUCUGGACUCCUCGGCGGUUUAUGUGUUGAGCAGUAUGGCCAGAAGGCGGCGUACCUCUCAGUCCAGCGGGGGAGCCGUUUCUCCAGAGAGAGACACAUCACAAGACGCACACAGUCCCAGUCCCUCCCACUCUCCUCGUCAAAAGCCAACCAAAAGCCAGCAAGACAACAAAGCAGGAAGUGCCACGCCCGCUAAGUGCAAGCGGCCAAUGAACGCCUUCAUGCUGUUUGCCAAGAAGUUCAGGGUGGAGUACACACAGAUGUACCCCGGGAAAGACAACAGAGCGAUCAGCGUCCUGCUCGGGGAGCAGUGGAAGAAGAUGCGAAGUGAGGAGCGCCGCGUGUUCACCGUGCAGGCCAAAGCCCUCGCAGACGAACAGAAGAGACUCAACCCAGACUGCUGGAAACGCAAACGUACCACCUCUGGUUGUCAGGGAAACUAAGGCAGCAGAGAAGAAGAGGGCCUGUAGGAGUGCACAUAGACAAACACACAAAGGAGCAUCCUGUAACCUAAAUCUAUGCGUCAGUCUUCUCAUUAUGUAAACAUCAGACGUGCCUUGAUCUCCUAACUUCUUCUUUAGCAGGACAUUAAGGCCACAGUGCACACUUGUGUCUCCUUCCAGGAACAGACAUUUUGAACCAAACAAAUUGCAUUUCAUCCAUGACGGGAUUGAUCUCCUCGAGUGAUUUUACAAUAUGUGACAUUUAAAAAAAAAAAAAGAAGAGAUUCUGAUAGUUUUCAGUUUCUCACCAUAUGCUUGAAACCGGUGGAAGUUGUGGUGCUGCAGCAUUUUAGUUCAAAGUAGAUAAUGUAGCUAUUUUCUCCAAAUUAUAUAUUAUAUAAAGAUAUAUUUACAACAUAGUUUUGCCGGUAUUUGGCUUGCAUUUGCACAGUGUAUUGCACAAAACUAGAAUAUUUAACUUUGCUUUCAUGUAAUGUUUUGAUUUUAAACAAAUGUUUUAUUUACUUCUUAUAAAAAUGUGACUUUAAUAACUUAAAGGCUCAGUAUACGACUUUCUGAACAUGAAAAUGUAAAAGUAUAGUAUACACGAUAAGUAAAAAUAUUGUGGAGUAACGGCUUUCUAAAAAGUGUGACGUUUAACUCCUUCUGGGUUUGUUGUUCUGAGCUCUGUGUUCACAAUGAAGGGGCGGAGCUUCUUUCAGCUUGUUAAGAGGCUCAGAGGCUCAAACAAGUUUCAUGUUUUUUUCACGUUAACCUCUCCCUCCCCAACCGUUAGUUCUGCCACCAGAUGGUGGAAGAGAGACGGCCCACUGGGGGGCGCUGUGACACCCAUCGUCCCUGGAGGUGGUUAAAACAUUUAACGUUGCACACUGCCACGCAAGUGAUUAGGCUAAAACACUAUCCAAACACUGACAUUAGAACACCACACAAUAGCCCAAACACCCUCAUACUAUUUUUUUAAUUCAUUAUAAGAAACUACUUCUUUUUUUUUUUCACAAUAAUAUGCAAUUUUAAACCAUUUUCCAUUUUUACAUGUUUUCAGAAGAAAUCUAGCGACCGCAUUAACAGUGUCUUGCGAUCCCUCAGGGGGUCCCAACCCUCACUUUGGGAACCACUGGUCUAGAAAAUCCAACAACAGAAGAAACUUGAAAUUGAUCGCAUUGAUUUUUUUUCCCCCUAGAUGUUGAUCUCUCCGUCUCACAGACACUUACUCAUGAAACAGAGCAUUAGUUUUAUUUUGCAAAUCUGCUCUGAAAGUCGCAUAGUAAGCCUCAAACAAAUGUCCAGCAGAUCAGCGGAGAAAACCCCAUUACUCCUUCUUUAGAAGGUUUUUAUUUUGAAAAAAAUCGUAAAGAGUCCCUUUAGUUGCUCAAAAAACAAAAACACACUGGUUGAGUUUACUCUUUCAUGACAGUAAUUAAAAUGCAGAUUCAAGUAAGAGUAUUGUCCCUCGUGACCUUUACUGAUUUCACAGCCUUUGUAUCAGACGUUAUGGUAAUUCAUAUUUAAUGUCACAAGUUAUAUAAAGUCACAUGAUACAGUAUUUUAAUGAAAAUGCCGUUAUAUCACACAGAGCAGAAUGACAUGUCAGCAGAAAAUAAUUUACUCUAAAAACAAGAAUUCAAUCAUCUUUAUUCGUAUAGACAAGACAAACAGAGCAGGUCCACACCGUACUCUUUAUUAUUUAUAUAUAUAUAUGUAUAUAUAUAUAUAUAUACAUUGAUAUUAUUUGUUUCUUUUUUUUGUCAGUGUGCCAUAUUAGUUGUUAGGUUGUGUUUUAUCUAAGUAAAGAAUAUUUGUGUAGCAGGCUUUAAGAUUUACUCAAUGUCAACAAAGAAAGUCUGUUUUUGGGGAGCUCUGAGACUUAUUUAAACUGCUUGAAAAGGAGGAUAGUGUGUGACCUUUAGGCAAAAUAUCUACCGGCUAAGAGCUGCUAAUUCAUUCAUAUUAAUAAUGUGAGGAUGUAUUUCUUAUCCAGCCAUCAACAAUUAGUUUAAACAAUAUAGACAGUUCAAAAAAAGUCAACAGUCAUGUUAUUAUAAAAGACUUGUACCCAUGUCUCUGCCUGUAAUCUGGUUUUAUGUUAAGUGCUGAGUGCCUGGUAAUACAUUGAAUUGAUGUGACAGGGAUGUGGAUCCCAGAUGAUAAAGUAAAAGCCUCACUGUUUGUGAAGGCUGGAUGUUGAUCUGCGUCAGGGUUUAAGUGCCUUAGAUAAAGUAGCUCCAUUCAGUGAAAUUAAUUGUGAGAUGAAGUGAAAUGAAAACGGACAUCCAUCCAGGGUGGGCACUCCUAUUGUCACUGCAUAACGAGGUUUAUUAUAAAUGCACUAUAUACACUUUAUCUUGUGCGACUGCUGCAGUAUGGUGAAAUGGCAAUAAUUAAAGUAGUUAUAUAGAAAUAGAUUUUUUUUUUGGGGGGGGGGGUUUGACUUCAGCUUUGUUAACCUGUUGUGGUCGUGCAUUGAUUGUUAACUUCUGUUUGUCUUUGCUAUAAUGUCAUGUACAGGUGCAUCAUGGGAGACAAUGCAAUAUCAUGUGUUACACUUUCAAUAAAAGCAUGAUACAAAAUCUG